AUGCUAACAACCGCUGAACAAAACUAUUCACAAAUAGAAAAAGAGGCGCUCGCUAUUGUAUUUGCCACAAAGAAGUUUCACAAAUACCUUUUUGGUAGAAGGUUCUCACUGGUUACAGACCACUAUCCUUUGACGUCCCUCUUUAAGUUGGGCCACAAAACCACUGGUGUUGCUGCAUCCCGGAUUGAACGAUGGCGCCUACUACUCACAGAAUAUGACUACGACAUCGUUUACCAGAAAGGCAGCCACAUAGGAGAUGCAGACGCGCUAUCAAGGCUUCCAGUACAAGCAACAGCUGAAGAUGAGGACACACUGAAGUACUUUUCACCGUUAGAAAGGAUCCCUAUUACCAACUGGACAGUUCAAGAAGAAACUAAACAGGAUCCUGUGCUUCCAAGGGUAAUUGAACGGGUCAAGAGUGGAUGGCCGAGUAAAGUGACCGACCCAGGUCUACAACCGUACUUUCAGAGAAGAGAUUCUCUUUCCAUUGACGAGAACUGCCUGGUGUGGGGAGCAAGAGUGGUUGUACCUAAAAAUCUGAGGGAAGUCAUCCUGGGACUUCUACAUGAAGGACAUCCGGGGAUAGUCAGGAUGAAAAUGCUGAGCCGCCAAAUUGUCUGGUGGCCGGGACUUGACGCAGACGUCGAGAGAAUUGUUCGAGGCUGCGAUGUCUGCCAAUGUGUUCAAAACAGUGCACCUCUUCCUCCACUGCAGCCGUGGCCUUCUUCCACACGAGUGUUCCAACGAGUACAUUUAGAUUUCGCUCAGAAAUAUGGUACGAACUUUCUACUCCUUGUGGACGACUACUCAAAAUGGAUAGAGGCAGUUAUAAUGCCCUCUACGACAGCCGAGAAGACCAUCGAGCAGUUGCAGAUCAUAUUUGCACAGUUUGGCCUUCCAGAGGAAGCUGUGACGGACAACGGUCCUCAAUUUGUAUCGGAAGACUUCCGCAACUUCAUGCUGGAAAAUGGCAUCGUACAUACGACGACCCCACCAUACCAUGCGCCAUCAAACGGACUUGCGGAGCGGGCAGUUCAGAGCUUGAAGAAAGCACUUUUAAAGCAAGUAGUUGAGGAAAAAUCCAGGAACAAGAAAAGGGGCCUUCAACUAAAACUCUCAAGCUUCUUGUUCGAGUAUCGGACAACGCCCCAUACUACGACAGAGAAGACACCAGCAGAACUAUUCUUAGGUCGGGUGCCAAGGACGCGCCUUACGUUACUGAAGCCCAGCUUUUCGCACAGACGUCGCGAGAAGCAGAACAAAAUGAAGGCUUACGCUGAUAAGCGACCAUAG